AUGCAGAGCCUCAAACUCUUCGCGCAGAAGUCUACGUCGUAUCGCCGUUUGUCCGAUACCUCGACUGGGGGUGAAGGUAGUGCAUGCAUCUCGCCAAACUCAUCCGCUCAGAAAGAAGAGUAUCAUGCAGACAAAGACUUGUUGCUUGCCAAGAGGAUUCGACGACCCUGGCGUUGGUCCUGCAUGCACACAUGUGGAUACCUCUUCGUUGCCUUGUUAGGCCUUUCUCUUGGUCUCGGCCUCAGUCGAUUUUUCAAUCUGGAGUACGAAGUUGAUGGGUUUAUCACACAAUGGGGCAGUUCAAACCGCAACAUUGGAAACGUGUUCUGGUCGGAAAAUGCCAGCUUUGCCGCGGAGCCUAGCGUCGAGACGCAGAAGACUUGGGACAGUAUCAUGCCGCAGGGUCGAGGAUUCAUCAAACACCCCAAGCUAGCGAAAGAUGGUGAGGUCAAAGCUAUUGCCGUGUUCCAUCAAAUACAUUGUCUGUACGAUCUCCGAACAGCCUUUUACACAAACGCAUACCAGCUCGCCAAACUUCAACACCACCAAGCUGAAUCAAGAUCACUUCCCAACACCGGCCCUCCCCACGGCGAUUCCGAAUUCUUCUCUGAACAUCACGCCUCAAACGACGAUGACCGUACUUCUCUCGAACCAUUCACGCCAAACCCAUUCAUAGAGUCUCUUUUGUCUGCCGAGGACCAGCAUGGGCCUGAACAUACCACCCACUGCUUCGAGUACCUGCGCCAAGCCCUCAUGUGCGCUGCUGAUACCAACUUGGAAGUGACUCAUCAGGGUAUUGGCGCUUCUGGGGAAGAGAUUAUCGGGACGGAGGCUUGGGAUUCGGCGAGGGUGUGUAGGGAUUACGAUGCGGUUAGAGAGUGGGCGGAGGCAUGGAGGGUGGGAGAUGCUGGGGGGGUUGUUUGA